AUGGGCGUCGCAGAGCAGACGAAGAUCUUUCUCAACUUGCUUACGGAGCCUCCUAGCUCUUUAUGCAAGACUUAUAAAUGCAAUUGCUUCAUUAGUAUUGGAGAAAUUGUCAAUCCUGCUCAACUCGCCCACACAAAAUCCUUAUCGAUAAGCCCCAAAAACAAACCACCACCUGAACUCAGCAUUGACCACCACGACGCGGUCACACUUCUCCCUUCUCGCUUCUCCUGCAAUCAUUCUCAGCAAUUCUUUAAGUUUCAAGUUCCCUCAUUAACUCACCACACAAUGCAAAUCCUCCUCCUAGACGGCGGCCUCGGCACAACCCUCGAAUCCCCGCCCUACAACAUAACCUUCACCCCACAAACCCCGCUCUGGUCCUCGCACCUCCUCCUUUCCGCCCCCUCCACGCUCGCCGCCGUGCACCGCUCCUUUCGCGCGGCCGGCGCCGAUAUCCUCCUUACGGCAACGUACCAGUCUAGCACGGAGGGUUUCACGCGGACGAGGCCGGAGCUUACGGAUGAGGAUGCGGCGCGGUAUAUGCGGUCUGCGGUGAAGAUUGCGCGGGGUGUUGUUGGUGAUCCUUUGUCUGCGUCUGCGUCCGUGAAACAGGAAGAAAAGGAGAAGGGGGAGACACAAGGACACGACACACGGGGGCUUGAACAGGGGAGGCAAUGUCGCGUUGCGCUGUCACUCGGUCCGUUCGGUGCGACCAUGACCCCUGUCUCCGCGGAGUAUAGCGGAGUUUAUCCAAGUGAGAUGGACAGCGAGGGUGCGUUGCGGUCGUGGCAUGCGCGGCGGCUGGGUGUGUUUGUUGAGGAUGGUGAGGCGUGGGACGGAGUUGAGUAUGUGGCGUUUGAGACUGUGAAGCGGACGGACGAGGUGCGCGCUGUGCGAGGGGCUAUAUUCGACGUUACGCAGGGGCUAGAGCAGGGAUAUGGAAGAAAACCCUGGUGGGUGUGUGGUGUUUUCCCUACGGAAGAGGUGGACGAGGGUGAGGUUAGACGGUGGGUUGCUGCGGCACUUAGAGAGCAGAGGGACGGGUCUGGCUUUGCGCUACCGAGGCCGUGGGGCAUAGGGGUGAACUGUACACGGGUAGAUCACAUUAUCAGGAUUGUCGAGAUUAUGCGGGACGAGUUACAUCGUCUCUCUGAACGAGGUGACUUUGUGGACGAGUGGGCGUCGCGGUCUGGGAGACCCUGGCUGGUGUUGUAUCCGGAUGGAACAAAGGGGGAAAAGUACGACCCUGUCAGCAAGACAUGGGUAGCGGGUGCGACAGCUGUGCGACGGCCGUGGGAUGAGAGCUUCUGGGACGUUGUGCAACGUCAGGCAGAGGGCGACUGGGAAGGGAUCAUUAUCGCAAGUAGAUGUCAGGCCACGUUGGCUGGAUUAGAUGGACUGAGAAUAGCAGCCCCUUCGAUAUACGUCACCUCGUAA